CCGGAAGAGAAGCUGCCGCCGCCAGUUUGACUUCCCCAGCUGGCCGGCAGGGACUGAGGCAAAGAAGCAGGCAAGCAGGCGCCAUGCUGCAGUUCUUGCUUGGUUUUACUCUUGGCAAUGUGGUUGGGAUGUAUGUGGCUCAGAACUAUGAUAUUCCUAACAUUGCAAAGAAGCUUGAAGAUUUUAAGAAGGAUGUGGAAGCUAAGAAGAAACCUCCUAGUGACAAGUCCUAAGAGGGUGGUGUUACCCAGGUCACCUCUGUGCAUGCAUGAAGGAUGCAGUUUACUUUUCAGGCAACAAAGGCCAAGCAGAGAGUUGGCAUGGGAAGUUCCUCCAUUUUUAGUCUCCUAGAACUGGAAUGCCCUUCUUUUGAAAGAGCAAUCAUGAACUUUUCCUGGGACUGCUUUUCAGGGGUUUCAGAAUUUGGAUUUGCAGUUGAUAUGUGACUGCAUAAUAAGAUCAUUUGUAAUUUUUGUUAUUACUUUUCCUAAUAUUUUGUACCCCAUUUUUACCUGAUCCAACUGGAGUCCUGUUUGUCCUGUAACUAAGCGUCCCUCACACUUUGUAAUACCUUAGUUCUUAGAACACUGCGAGAGAAAUUAAAUGCAUCAAGAAGUGGCUUUCAGGGUUUCUUGUCAUUUGUUGUGAGCAGCUACACUUCACUGCCCUUAAGAUACUCAUUCAAGAUGGGAAAGUUAGUCAAACUAUGAAUCUGAGGAGAAUGUGAGAGCUCCUGCUCUUUCCAUUGUUAAGUGAUCACUUCCAACAGUGCAGACUUUGCACGGACAUGGCUAAUGUCAAAAAUAUCAACUUCAAGAUUCUGUCACUGUCCUUGGAGCUGUUCAAGAAAUGUGUAGACAUGGCACUUCAGGACAUGGUUUAAUAGCUGUGGUGGUCUUAGGUUGAAGGUUGGACUUGAUGAUC